GCAGGAAUGCUUACUUGUUUGCAAACAGUUGCACACAUGCGAAACCUUGUUUCUUCCGCGACUUCCAGACGGAUCCCCGCUGACUCGUCACAGCCAGCUUUUUAAAAGUUUUUAAAAGUUGUUCGGGCACUAUAAAUCGUUUUCCAUGCAUUUUGACGACAGCCCUUUAAACUAUAGCUGUAUUAAAAAUGGGAACAUUUCUAAAGCUCAACGGAGAAAGAGCUUGAAACGGGACGGAGGCCGCCAGACAGCCAUGAAGCUACCUCAACCAUCAAAGAGUGCCAUUUAUUUCAUCCUAACAUUUGGACUGUUUCUAUGUGCAAGGCCCGUUGAAGUGAACAUUAAGGAGACUGUGAUUUUCCCUUGUAAUGAGACAUGUAAUGGACAACUCUUAUGGACAUUCGAAACUGACAACGAAGAACUGGACGUUUUAAAAUGUGACCAAAAUGCUUGCACAGAAGGAGACAGCUUUAAGUACAGAGCGAGCUUCAAGCCCGGAGCCCUGUCUCCAACGCUGUACCCCGUUCUGUACAAUGACGAGGGCUUGUACGUGGCCUACUGUAAUGCAGUGUUUCUCUGUCAAUUCCACCUAAAAGUACUUGUACCCGCUACUGUGAGCGCCUCAGUCAACAGCAACAUCACACUCCACUGCUACGCACGCACAAAGAAACAAGUCGCUGAUGACACUGUGAACGUCCUGUGGAAAAAAGACGACCAAAUUGUGUUUCAAGUUAAAAAUGGAAUUACGACAUAUGGCCCAGGUUUUAAAGGCAGGGCAUCUGUGUCACUACCUCAUUAUAAAGAUGGAGAUCUUUCCCUUAACAUACACGGGGUCACCACGUCAGAUCAGGGAUUGUUUCGGUGCUAUCACGGAGAUACAGAUGAGCACGGUUACCCUGGUGCCGUCAGUCUUAAUGUUAUAGCUGGACAAAAUUUCUACGCAAAAACUUCCGAUGAUCUCCACCUGGACUUGUUCGGCUCUGACCGUGUGAAGGUGACUUUCACCAGUCAUAUGGCUGAGGCCCUGGUUUGCGACGUGACAGGAAGCUACUCUAUGUGUUCGCCUGACUACAGCAACAGGGUAUCUGUCACGAAGGGCUUUCUCGUGGUGCAUGACGUGACGUCCUCUGAUACAGGCACGUUUAUUGUGAGAGACGAGACGGGUGAAGUCGUUGGCGUCCACACGGUUACUGUGGAGGGUGUGCCCCGAAGACGGUACUUCAUACCUGUGUCCGUAGUAAGCGUUUUCGCUGUCAUUUGCGUUUGCCUGAUCGUUGGGUGGCGGUGUCACAGACAGUCACAAGCACAGCAGUAUCGCUGCAGUUAUAACACAAUACAGUCUGGUGUGGAAAUUCUGAGAGAGCCUGCAUGCAUUGGACUGUCGCAACAAGAAACCGAGCCAGAGCCAGAGGUUCGUGCACGCACACCUGUAGAAGAGACCAUGCCUGAGACUGUGAGGACCACCGAGAAGCAAGACGACACUGAAGAGUAUAUUACUACUGGAAAUGGAUUUGAAGAGACAAUAUGGGAAUACUAGAACACAGUAGAGAAUAGAGAACAGGAAAAACUGCACAAGUGGUCUCCUUCUGCUGUAUUGUGUUAUGUGAAGGAUGGCAUUACAUUUUUUCUGGUGAUCUCUAAUAACUGCAUUACUGUGCCAGUGUAUAUAAUACAUAGUAUAUACAAGAAUACAUUAAGAAGAACUGCUACUGUAGUUCUUCUGUUUUUGCCACAGAAACGUCAUGACUGCACAGAUUCUUGUCUAUAAAAUUUCAAAGAUAAAUGGUACAUAUGAACACACAUUAAUUUAGUGAAACCAUGAGCUUAAAAAACAAGAUAUUUUUUGGUUAUUGAUAUGAAUACUGAUGUGGCUGAUUGUUUCUGAUGUCAUUUUAAACAUAUUUUUGAAUGUACUGUUUUUCUAUGGGGAAGGUUUACACUUGUAUUGAAAGGACUGCACUUUUAGGAAAACAAUGUCUUCCCUAAUCUGAUCUAGGCUUUCCUCUCAUAUACACUGCUUAAAAGCUAUCAGGGUAGUUGCAAAUAUUUAUUGUUGCUAUAGGAAAAGCUAGUUCAGUAACAUGCUUGUUGCUUUAGGCCUGUUGUUAUUAUUUCUGUUUGGCAAAACAGAACUACACUGCCAAAUCCAAACUGUAUGCUACUACUGCUUCUUUGAAGAUUAUUAUUAUUCUUGCCUUAAUGUUAAUGUAAGAUGUACCCAUUAUGUCUCUUAUUAGGCAUUACUCUCUUUUUUUUGUGGUUGCACUUUAAUGCAUUUCUUUGUACUUUUUCUUGAUGCACUAUGAUAUGUUGCAGUUUUUUCUGUCGAAUAAGUUUGAUAUUUUUAUAUAUUUACUAUUAAAGUAUUUCAUACUUGUAUAUUUUAUUAAAUUUUGUGAUCAAAAAUC